AACUAAAUUCCUUCUACACUCCAUCCGACCGGCUCUGUCACGACCUAGUUCCCAGUUCCUGUCCCCUGCCAUCACAUCUAGGCUGUUCCAAACUUCGUCUUUCAAAAUGGGCGUCCACAACAUCAACUCCAAGGCGGACUUCUACAAGGCCAUCAACGGCGAGGAGGUCACCCUCGCCGCCGACAACGUCCUGCCCAGCAAGAACGUCGCCAUCCUCGACUGCUUCGCUACGUGGUGCGGUCCCUGCAAGACCAUUGCUCCCAUAUACGCGCAGCUCUCCGAGAAGUACACCAGCGUCAACUUCCUCAAGAUCGAUGUCGACGAGGUCCCCGACCUGAGUCAGGAGCUCGGCAUCCGCGCCAUGCCCACCUUCAUGGUCUUCAAGGACGGCGAGAAGGUUGAGGAGAUUGUCGGUGCCAACCCCCCUGCCCUCGAGAAGGCGCUCCUGAAGUACUCCGCCUAAUGUUGCCGCUGCAUGAUACCACUGGGAAGAGGAGGAAAAUCACAUACCAUCGCCCUCGGAUGGCGCUUCAUGGAAUGUACUGCUGCAUAGAGAAUACACGAGAACCUGUCAUCA